AUGAGCAACGACCAACGACCUCCCUUUGCCAGGCCGACCGACGGCCUCUCUGGCAUUCCGCUCCUUUUUGCCAAGGACGAGUCAGCCGGCGCAGACAGACGCUCGAUGGAAUACGAUGAAGCUCGUCGUGGGCGCGCCAGCCGCGGUUCGAGUCCACUGAUGGCAUCACGCAACCGGUCCUUCCACUCGCGCGCCUCGACUAUGCGCAGCCACAGCCCCGACCUCGCGGCAGCCUCCUCAGCCAAGGCGAGAUACACAUUUGCCGCCUUCUUCCUCGUCCUCUGCCUCGUCGCCUUUGUCGUGCAGACCGAGUUGUCGGCCUACGUUCAGCAGGACCUCGGCUGGAACAAGGCCUACUGCAUGCUCUACCUCACGCACGGCUCGUGGUCCCUGCUCUGGCCCGUACAGCUGCUCUGCCUGCGCAUCCAGCAAUACAACGUGCCCUGGGCCACGUUUUGGCGCCGCCAUGUCGGCCUGCUCCGUAGCACCUCCAUCAUGGUGCAGACCCAAGACCUCGACUGGUCACGCCCGUCGGCCGUCCCGCGGCCUUCAGCGCUGGCCUAUCUCGUGCGCACCACCGUCUUUGUGACCAUGGCGCUGACCGUGGCCGGCCUCUCGUGGUACGUCGCCGUCGAUCUGACGACGCCUUUCCGACCUGACGGCCAUCUACAACUGCUCGGCGUUUUUCGGCUACGUCUUCUCGUGCCGCUCCUCAAGGAGCCCCUGCGCCUCGACAGUCGAUCGCCGUCAUCGUGGCCAUCGUCGGCGUGCUCGUCGUCGCGUACGGCGACCAAAAAGGCGCCCGAGGCCGGCGCCGACGACGGCGGCGCCGCGGCCACCAAGGCCGCGGGCGAGCGGUUCCUCGGCAACAUGGUCAUCGGCGUGGGGUCGGUGCUCUACGGCCUCUACGAGGUGCUCUACAAGCGGUGGGCGUGCCCGCCCGAGGGCUGCGCGCCGCUGCGCGGCGUCGUCUUCGCCAACACGUUCGGCUCGUGCAUCGGCCUCUUCACGCUCUGCGUGCUCUGGGUGCCGCUGCCGCUGCUGCACUGGACGGGGCUCGAGACGUUUGCGCUGCCGACGGGCCACACGGCGUGGAUGCUCUUGUUCUCCGUCGUGGCCAACGCCACGUUUGCCGGCUCGUUCCUCGUGCUCAUCAGCCUGACGAGCCCCGUGCUGUCGAGCGUCGCGUCGCUGCUGACCAUUUUCCUCGUCGCCCUCACCGACUGGAUGGUCACGGGCGAGCCGCUCAGCGGCGCCGCCAUGCUCGGCGGCUUCAUGAUCAUGGUUGCGUUUGGCAUGCUCAGCUGGAGCACGUGGCGCGAGAUGGCCGAGCACGAGGGCCACAAGCCUGUCGACAUGACGGACAGCGGCGACGACAGCGACGUGGAGCGCGAGGACUAG